GGCGUAUUUCAAAACGGAGUUGAAUUCGCCUUGGUCGCGCCAGUAGGCUUCUGUCGGUCAGUUUUCCUCUUGACUUGAGCUGACCGUCCCCAUCGCCGACAGCGAUGGAGGAAGGUGAAGAAGGAAGGUCAAGCUUCCAAGCUAUUCGAGCUCUCGGAUCCCUGUUCAAGCUUACUGAAGUCUACAUAUGGGGCGACGGCUCGACGGAGACGGUAGAAGUGUCCAUAUUUCCGGAAUCCAUUGAAUCGCCUCCAGAGAAGGACGAUACCACCUCCGAUAGCCCUGCAGUUGCUACUGAUUUUGUCCCUUCCACGGAGGAUGAGGAAUUGAGCAAACAAAUGGAUGCUCUAGGGCUUCCCCUUGCUUUCCAGUCGAAUAAAAAGAUAACGAAUAAGACCAACAAAGGCAAAAGAAAUGGGACGGUUAUGAAGCAUGCUCACAAUCAUGAUACCACUGCUAAUGAAUCAUUGAAAGUUUCCAAAGUGAGUGAAGCAGGGACUCUAUCUCCUACUGUUUUGCAUGAUAACGAAAGCAAUUCUAUAUGUUGCAUAUCAAUGCUGGGCACGAGUGAGUCAUGUUACUAUGAUAUUUCUGUGGAUACCAACAAUUCUAAAGAUCUAUGUAUUGAAGAUUCCGUGAGUCCAACUAAGGUUCCUCCCGAGCCAAUGUUUGCUGAUCAGUGUGGUGAACGUGAGAGGGGUCUGACUCUAUCAGGAACUGUUUACAUGACUAACGAUGACUAUGAUGAAAAGAAUACAAUUUCGGGCGGUUCAGAUGCAGCGACUCCAGACAUGGUUGAUGGCCCGAAAGAAGUUGUCGAUUUGAUGGAGAAGGAUUGCCUACAUGACUACCCUGUUGUUCACAAUCUUCAAGAGUGCGAGAACCACAUGGAGUGGCCUGAAUUUUCUAUGGCUGCAGUGCCUCAGGGUUCAGAAGUGCUUGGAGAUAAUGGGAUAGAGAGUCAUGACCAGAAUGGUGCUUUUGGGGAUUGGGCGGUAUACUGGGAUUCUUUCUACAUGAGGAAUUACUUCUAUAAUGCAAAAACAAAUAGCUCUACAUGGUCCCCACCCCCUGGAAUGGAGCAUCUUGUAUGCAUUAGUCGUACUAAUGAGUCAGAUGAAGUGAUUGUUGGAGACUAUGGGAUAGACGGUGAUCCUUCUGUUUCCUGUGGCUUGUUGAAGUGUUCUGGAUCAUUUGAGAAACCUGCUAAUGAUAGUAGAAUAGCAGAUAAGCCAUCCAAUGAGGUAUGUGAUGGGGAUGGACUUGCUUCUGUAAGCACUUUGCUAAGCUUGACUUUCUCGACCAUCAAUGGCUGUUUGGAGAAUGCAGGCGAACAGGAGGGCAAUGAUAAAGAUUGUCUUGGUGAUAUUCCCCAGCAAACGGCAUUGGAGGAGCAUGGCAAUACUAACAGUGUGAUCAACGAUGAUCUCACUGUGGAUGUUGAUAAGCAUAAGGAACAUAAAAACACUGAGAAUGAUGAGCCGGAUACCGAACCUGAUUUUCUUGUUAUCAAAAGACAUAGGAAAGGAAGAAGGAAGAGAACACGAUGUAGAUCUUCCAAGGAUAGUGAAGAUCUCCAAAGUCAAGUUGUUCCGGAGCAGCUUUCUGCCUCUCUUGAGAAGUACUGGUGUCAGCGAUACCUUCUAUUCUCUAGAUUUGAUGACGGUAUAAUAAUGGAUGAGGAAGGGUGGUUUUCUGUAACACCUGAGCUGAUAGCUGGGCAUCAUGCUCUGCAUUGUGUUGAUGACAUUGUUAUUGACUGCUUCGCGGGAGUUGGUGGAAAUGCUAUCCAAUUUGCUCAGUGGUGCCAACAUGUUAUUGCAAUUGAUAUAGAUCCACAAAAGAUGGACUAUGCCCAUCACAAUGCUACCAUCUAUGAAGUUGAUGACCAUAUAGAUUUCAUAAAGGGGGACUUCUUCAAUUUGGCACCAAAACUGAAGGAGCUGGCUGACACUGUGUUUCUGUCGCCACCUUGGGGUGGCCCGGAUUAUGUUAAAAUGGAGACUUAUGACAUCAAUAUGCUUAAACCACACGAUGGGUAUAUUCUCUUCAACACUGCAAAGCAACUUGCGUCAAAAAUUCUAAUGUUCCUCCCAAAAAAUGUCGAUCUAGAUCAGUUGGCUGAGUUGGCUCUAUCUGCUAAUCCCCCUUGGUCUUUAGAGGUAGAGAAGAACUUCUUGAAUGGCAGGUUGAAAGCAGUAACAGCUUACUUCCGCGACACAGCAGUUCAUGGACGAUAAAACCCCACUUGAUUUAGCACUGACUUUCGAGGAUACACCUCCAAAUUUGCCAUUAUAUCUAAGCAUAACAUUUAACAAGUAGCGGCUGAAGGUGAAUACCAGUGGUAGUAGGCUAGUAGCUUUGGUAACUUAUGGACUUGUGUGAGAAGCUGCUGUCGUACUGGUUGUAAGGAAAACUCGUGCUCAAACCAAAUUCUUGGAAAGCAGCCAACUUUAGAAAUUCAUCAUUGUUCAGAUUAACAAGCAAACCAAUUAGGUGGGUGUAUAUACCCAUACGAUUUUGUUAUGACUUCUCUGUUUGAGUUUCUUAUGAAGCUUCUUUAAUCGGAAUGUCAAUGCCAGGCAGGCUGGUAAAGGAAGCAAGGAAGGAGGACGUCAACCUAUCAUCGUAGGAGGUACAACAAGUGUUUAAAUUCCCACCUAAAUUAGCUACAUCUUCUAUUCUUGUUAAGCAGUUGCCAAGUUGUUUUUAUAAUUCCUAGUGCCUCCCUCUAGUUUAGUACUAGUUAGUUGAAGAUUUUCUGUAGCUCGAAGUUGUAAAGCUACCCCAUCUAUUUUGACAGCUUCUUCUGUGUUGUAACUUGCAUGUGGGUCGUUAAUCAAAACGUUGACAUUAGUGUAGUUUUCCUUUUGGGUUGGGAUUAAGGGUUGGAGCUUUGAUGGUCAACUAACCCAUUAAGCUAAAUAGGGACCAUCUACCUUCUGGGCUUCAAUAAGUUCUGAACUUUGAC